AUGUCCUUCCAGAGCACUGUCCAUCUGUCCUUGGACAGCCCUGCCCAUGCGAUUUGUGUGCAGGGCAUGGAAAUCUACUUGGAUGUCAAUGGGUGUGCCCCGCAGCAGUGCGAGUCCUUCACCGUCGAUAGCUCUCCGGGAGUCGUGGUCCAAAUCUACGGCACAGACCCAGUAAAGAUCGGGGAGGAGGCUGCCAUGAACUGGUGGCCCCUGUCACAUCCCACGAACGUGCUGGUGGGGAUGACGUCCCCCAGCUCUGCCAACGACAAGGGCAAGGUUUCGGUCUCCUACUACCAGCACAAUGAGGAUGUCCCCAUGGCCACAGCUGUGCUCUACCUCACGAGCAUUGACCAGACCCCUACCACCAAUGCUGUCCUCAUCGAGCCCCUGAACACCUUCUACCGCACUCAGUUCGAGCUCUCCCUGGACGUGGAUGUCUACCGCAGUGGGCACUUCGAGACAAAUGACAAACAGGCUAAGAAAAACUGGGUCUGGGGCCCCAAGGGCUGGGGUGCUAUCCUUCUUGUGAACUGCAGCCCUGCUGACGCACACCAGCUCGUGGACAGGAAGAGCAAGGUGUUCUCUACGGAGGAAACAAAGAGUCUGUCCCAGAUGAUACUGAGAGUUCAGGGACCCAGCUACAUUUUAAAGAAAUGCCGGGUUGUUCUCCACACCUCCAAGGAAGAGUCGGAGAAGGCAAGAGUCUACCGGCCACAAAAAGACAGCUCUAGCACCUUCGAGUUGGUGCUGGGGCCUGACCAGCACACCUACAACUUGGCCCCCGUCGAGGAUGACUUGGAGGAAACCUUCUACGUUGAAGCCUUAGAGUUCCCAUCCGCCAGCUUCUCGGGCUUGAUUUCCUACUCGGCCUCCCUGGUGGAAGAGUCUCAAGACCUGUCGAUUCCAGAGACCGUGGUGUACAAAGACACCGUGGUGUUCCGGGUAGCUCCUUGCGUCUUUGUCUCCAGCACCCAGAUGCCUCUAGAGGUAUACCUGUGCAGAGAGCUGCAGGUCCAGGGCUUCGUGAACACAGUGAUGGAGCUAAGCGAGAGAAGUAACAUCCAGGUGGCAUCUGUCUACGAGGACCCCAACCGCCUGGGCAGGUGGCUCCAGAGCCCUGGGGUUGGCUACAUGACCCAACGCACCCAGGACCAUACGGUGGCCAGCAUAGAUUCCAUUGGGAACCUGAUGGUGUCCCCACCUGUCAAGGCCCAAGGGAAAGAAUACCCUCUAGGCAGGAUCCUCAUUGGCAGCAGCUUUUACCCCAGCAAGGACUGCCGGAAUCUGAGCAAGACCCUCCGGGACUUCCUCUACGCCCAGCAAGUCCAGGCCCCGGUGGAACUCUUCUCCGACUGGCUGAUGAUCGGCCAUGCCUAUGAGUUCAUGUGCUUCAUCCCUGCACAGUACAAGGUGGAGGACAAAAAGGACUUCUGGCUGCUCCUGGCCAGCCCCAGCUCCUGCUACAAACUGUUCAAGGAGAAACAGAAGGAAGGCUAUGGAGACGCACGGAGGGAGGCCAAUACCAUCAAUCAACUUCUGGCUGAUGAAAACAUGAGGAAGCAGAACGCCUACGUGGAGGUAGGGGCCAAGGAUUGGGGACCUUCUCCAAAAGUCAGUGCCGAGGAGAUGCAGCUGCUUCGGGCUGGUAGCCGGUACCCGACAAACUCGCUGCCCUCCCGGCCCUUUCCCGCCCCGCAGAAGUGCAUCAACCUGAACCGCAGUAUCCUGAAAAGGGAGCUGGGCCUGGAGGAGCAGGACAUCAUCGACAUCCCGCAGCUCUUCUGCCUGGAGCAUAUCGCCAACAUCCCCUCCAGCGAGCAGACCGAGAAACUCUACGCGAGGCCUUACUUCCCUGACCUGCUACAGAUGGUCGUGAUGGGCCAGAACCUGGGCAUCCCCAAGCCUUUUGGGCCCCAGAUCAAUGGUGCCUGCUGCCUGGAGGAAAAGAUCCGCCAGUUGCUAGAGCCCCUGGGAUUCCAGUGCACCUUCGUUAACGACUUUGACUGCUACCUGACUGAAAUCGGAGACUUCUGCUCCUGUGCCAACAUCCGCCGGGUGCCCUUUGCCUUCAAAUGGUGGAGGAUGGUGCCCUAG